AUGGGUGGAAGGCUUUUAGCAGAUGAUUUCCAAACUGGUUCUGAUUCAUUAGUAUUAGAAGAGGUUGGUUCGAAACCUGGAAGAACUUUAGUCCUACUCGGUCGAAUAGGGAACGGUAAAAAGGCAACAGGAAACAGCAUCCUGGGAGAAACUAAGUUCUUGUCACAAGCAAGAGGAAAAUCCAUUACCAAACAGUGUGCACUACAGACAUCCGUGUUGCGGAACGGUGUGACCGUCAAUGUUAUUGAUACUCCUGGUCUGUUUAGUGCUUCCUCCACUACAGAAUUUACAAGCGGAGAAAUUGUUAGAUGCUUAGGUUUGGCUAAAGAUGGUAUUGAUGCAGUGCUUCUUGUUUUCUCGAUCCUUUUCGGGUGUCGAAUCGUUGACUAUAUAAUCAUUGUUUUCACCAAUGCGGAUGCACUCAAAGUUGGAGAAACACUAGAAGACUAUUUGGAGGAUUGUCCUGAGUUUCAGGGAAUUCUCAAGGAAUGCAGUGACCGUAAAGUGUUGUUUGACAAUAGGUGUGAGAUCUCUGAAAGCAAGAAAGACGAGCAAGUCCAGGAUCUUCUCAACCUUGUUGAACAAAUCUCAAAGAAGAACAAUGGAAAAUCAUAUAUGACUGACUUAUCACUUGAGCUAAGGUUGAAGAAGGAGUUAGAGAAGUCAUAUAAGAAAAUGCUCAAGGAAAUGGAAGAGAAGGUUUCUAAGCAUUUAAAGGAAUCUUUGAGGGAGGUGAAGGAGAAACUGUCAAAGGCAGAAGCCGCGAGAGAAGAAUCUGAGAAAAAGUUGAAGGAAAUCCAGAAGCUAUCCCUUGAUGAGAUUAGGGAACUGAGAGAACAGCUUGCCAAGGCUGUGGAAGAUACGGAUUCCUUGCGCGCCAAGCUCGACAAAAAAUGCACUAUUCUUUGA